AUAAAAGUGUAUUUUCUGAAAUACAUUUAUAAAAGUGUUUUUUCUGCGAUAACCUAAUUUUAAACUAUUGGCAUUAUUUUAGCAACAAAUUACAUGUCAAAAAUUUAACAGAAAGAGAUAAACGAACUUGGCUUUUAGAUAUUUAUAAAUUUUGCAUUUGUAUUUUGAAAAAUAUUACUUAAUCACUGUUAUUUAAACAUACAUACUCAUUACUCAUUCACAAAACUUAUUCCGAAAAACAGAUAUGUUUGACUGAACACAGAUAUACUCAAAUUGAGAUUAAGUGUCAAUUUUUUGUCAACACUUCCUUGAAUUUUUCAAUUAAACAAAAUAUUUUCAGGGGUUGAUAAUACUCCAAAAAAUUAAUUUAAAGAACAUUAUUUUGGUGGGUAAAAAGUAUCGGAAAUGGAAAAAAAACUUUCCUUUUUCGAUGUCUAGGUUUUAUGUUUUCUCCUCAGCAUCAUAACUCAUUCCCCACCCUCAGAGGUGGGGGGGGAGGGGGGAAUAUAUACCCCUGCAUCUGGAAGAUAUUUAUAAAUUAGUUGAUCAUCCUAUUUCUUUUAUUUCUGUCGUGCCCUCACAAAUUGUUUUUUUGUCUAGAAAAUUGUUUUCUCCGUCACCAAAUCUUUAUUAUAUUGCAGAAGAAUGCCAGCCAGUCAAAUCUAGGUUUUGAACAUUAAUCAAAGUUUAAAAAGAGUGAAAAAGAUGGAUAUAAUAACCACCACUAUUAUUACUGCACAGAAUCAGGAGGGUAAAAUGUCGGCACAGGGCUUUAUUGCAAGCGAGGAAACUAGAGGAAGAUACUCAGAAUGCAUUUCUCGAUGUUUGCUUAAAUCUCUUGGCAUAGGAUCAAUCACCUUUUCCUCAUUGUAUUUUGGACAAAAAUAUUUUACAAAAAAUAUGAAAGGAAUGAAGCGAUCCACCAUCGUUUUGUCCUCUGUUGUAUUCACAGGGUUUGCAGCGUAUUUGACUGGAAAGGCAGCAGUCGAUGAGUGUAAUAGAGCAUUCGUAAAAUCCACCAAACAUAUUCAAAAAUCAAAUUAAAUGUCUAUUUGAUAAAAUACAGUCUGUUAAAUUCCAAUUGACAAGAGAACUUAAAAGAUUUUAUGAAAAAAUACCCCGGACUUGGCAAUUAAAUUUCCUUAUGAAAAAUUUGAAAUAUUGUCAAUAUGUUGUAUUUAGCGUCUGCGUACAAAAGCAACAUAUUAAAAGAACUCGCAUUAAAUUUACAGUGUAUUAGUGUACAGUGUACACUAUAGCGGGCUUCAUACUGUGUACCUGUACACGGAUUAUAUUUGCGUAUAACUGUACAUAA